UCUCUAUACUGAAACUGUGAUUGUUUAGCGGCGUUCUGUUCUUGUAAAAUGUAUAAUUUGCAAUAAUAUAAGUUAUAAACAAAUACACAUACGAAAACGAGCAGAAUUACUGCAUUCACAGGAAUCAGCGAGACAUAGUAACUAACAAUCCAUCAAUAUAUUUGGCAGUUAACAGCACAGCAUUUCUCCAAUAGUGAAAAGCAAAUUGCAAAAAAAAAUUGCCGACCUUAUACAGAUCUAAAAUCUUAGAAGUCUUCGUUUUUUUCAUUUGAGGAAAAAAAAACUGAGGCACCGCGGCCUUUUUCCUACCACCACGAAUAAAGACAUCUUACGCCGUGAACUACAAAGUUAUCUGGUAUAAUUAGAAAAAUUGUACGUAUGUAAUUGGAAGUAGGAGAAAACUACGAAAGCUAUCCUUAUUUCAUUUUCAAGGAUAUUUUUGUUUCAAAUCUGGAUAUUUUCAUACCAUAAUUAUUUAAAUGGGCAAAGACAAAACAGUUACUGGACUUAAAUCUCACAAUGCGAAUAAUGAAAGCAAAAAGUCUUUAAAGGAUAAAGAAAAUUCUACCGACACUGAAAAAUCCAAAUCCAAAAACUUUAUUAAUGUGCGGAAGGACUUAACAGAGGUAUUGGAGGAUGAGAAUACAAACGGUAGCAAUACAAGUACAAAUUCCAGGUCUAAUAAAUCAUCGUCGCCACACACCACCUCCUCCAGUACCUCUAGUACCUCAAAAGAAGAUAGCAAUGCUGCGAACGAUUUGAAGGAAGACACAAAGACAGCGAAAGAGGAGAACUCUAGUACCACAGAAUUUCGCGUUGCUCCAGCCUCAAAUAAUUCCACAGGAUUCAAAUUACGCAUAGUACCUCUAGAGAAAUUGCUUGAGCGGCCACCCAAGGACAAAUCUCCACCACCUAAGACAGCGGCUGUUACAACAACGGUCCAAACAGGCAAAAAGGAAAAUAUUGCUGCAACUCGUCGUGAUAAUAAUAGUAGGAGUGCGCUGAAACGCAAAUCAAAGCCAGUUACAUUUAUAGAAUUGUCCGAUAGCGGUGAGGACGAGGAGCUUGUUUUGUCCUCAUCAUCUGAUUCGGAGAAAAAGAAAAAGUCCAAAAAGCGAGAGCUCUCCAAUAGCAAAACUAUUAAAGUGUCUUCAGAUUCGGAAGGUGAGGAAGCUGGUAAGAAAAAGACUACCAAAAAUAAGGCAUCUAAAAAGCCCUUAAGUUCUGGCUCGGAGGACGAAGUGCCAGUUCGACCAAACAGAUCAACGAAAAGGAAACCCAUUAAGGAAUUGUCCAACUCUGACAAAGAUCCUUCUGAUUCCGAAGAAGAACAAGAGGAGAGACGAGUUGCUUUAAGAAAUAAAUCCGGCAAAAAAACUUCAGAUUCGAAAGAGCAAAACUCUAAACUAGCUAAAAGCAAGGACAAAUCGAAAGAGAAGGCAUCUAAAAAAGUGUCAGAAAGUGAAGAGGAGGAGGAGGAGGAGAACGACGAAGACGUAAGAUCUUCAAAAGAGAAUUCCUCCGACGAGUCUGCAAGAGGCAAGCGUGGAAAGGCCGCAUUGAGGAACGACAGAUUAGCUAAGGAAAAAACUAAACGUUCUGAAUCCAAGAGAUCUCAAUCUUCAAAAGAGAAUUCGUCAAACGAGUACGUACGAGAAGAGCGUGGAAUCAAAGCCACCUCCAAAGGUGACAAAUCAAAUAGUAAAGUAACCUCCGAGGACGAGACAGAAGAAGUAUCAAAACUAAAAAGUUCUAAGAGAAAGCGCGCCUCCAAGUCAUCGGAAUCUGAAGAAGACGCUCCGCUAAAAAGAACUACGAAGAAUAAGUCUGCUGAAAAUUCUUCAGAUUUAGAAAAGGAAACCAAAAACAAAAAAUUAAAGCAAGAUUCCGACUCAGAAGAAGAGGUUGUCCUAAAACAGCAAGUUUCAAGAAAACAUUCAUCGGAAUCCGUCAAAACCAAAUCCAGACUCAAAUCGAAAGUCACUGGCCCUCCCCCCUCGCCGUCGUCGAUCAGACGUUGUGUGGUUCGUGUCAAACGUUCUAAACUCUCCGAUUUUAAGAACCUCGGCAAAAGUAAAUCCAAGCGUAAAAUGAAUGGGGGUGGACGUUUUGAAAAACCCACCACUUCUUCAGCUCGUCGACGUCAAAUUACUUCGGAUGAUGAUUCAGAUGUUAGCUAUAAGCGUUCGGCCAAUAUCGAUGAACGUUUAGCCGACCAUGACUACGAUGGCCUCGAUAUGGAUGAUGAUGAGGAGGAGAAUGCCAGCCAAAAUAGCAGUGAUAGCGAAAUUAUACCUACACGCAAGCGACGUGUGUUCAAUAAGAAGAAGGAGGACUCUAACAAUUCCGAUUCUGAUUUUGAAGCCAAUCCCAAGGGAAAGAAAAAGAAACGUAUACGCCGCAAUUCCAGUGGGGAUUCGGAUGAUGAUGAAAAAAAGAAAAUUAAGCGCAAAGACAUAAGAAAAAUCAUCAAAAGCGAUGAUCUAAAUGUUAGCACAAAAGAAGCUGCAAAAGAGGAGGAAGAACGCCGCAAACGCAUAGAGGAACGACAAAAGAUCUACAAUCAAAUCUAUGAGAAGCCUGAGAGUGCUGAGGUCACCGAACUUGUUCUCGACUUUGAUGCUGACACCAAAAAGGCUUUGCUUGAAGUCGACAAAGGACUUGUGAAAAAACUGAAGCCCCAUCAGGUGACCGGCGUUAAAUUCAUGUGGGAUGCCUGCUUCGAAACUGUCAAAGAUGCUCAAGAGAAACCUGGUUCGGGUUGUAUUCUUGCCCAUUGCAUGGGUUUGGGCAAAACCAUGCAAAUUGUGACUUUGAGUCACACUCUGCUUGCCAAUGGCACUAAAACCGGGGUGGAGCGUGUUUUAAUUAUCUCCCCUCUCAGCACACUGAACAACUGGGCUCGAGAGUUCAAACAUUGGAUGAGCUUCACGAGAAAGCGCAACAUUGAAAUUUACGACAUGUCCAAAUACAAGGAUAAGAAUACACGAAUCUUCAAACUCAAUGAAUGGUUUGAAGAGGGCGGCGUUUGCAUAUUGGGCUACGACAUGUAUCGCAUUCUAUCCAAUGAGAAAGCAAAAGGUCUUCGCAAGAAACAAAGGGAACAGGUACUGCAAUCGCUAGUUGACCCCGGCCCAGAUAUGGUCGUUUGUGACGAGGGUCACUUGCUGAAAAACGAAAAGACAUCGAUUAGCAAAGCAGUGACAAGAAUGCGCACAAAACGACGCAUAGUUCUAACCGGUACCCCUUUGCAGAACAAUCUCAAAGAAUAUUAUUGCAUGAUUCAGUUCAUAAAACCAAAUCUGUUGGGUACAUACAAGGAAUAUCUCAAUCGAUUUGUGAAUCCCAUCAGCAAUGGACAAUAUACGGAUUCAACUGAUCGCGAUAUACGUCUGAUGAAGCAUCGUUCACAUAUCUUACAUAAAUUGCUUGAGGGAUGCAUUCAACGACGAGACUAUUCGGUGCUGGCACCGUAUUUGCCCCCAAAACAUGAGUAUGUGGUGUACACUACCCUUUCGACACUCCAGCAAUUGCUCUAUGAGCAUUAUAUGGUACAUCAACGAGAUCUUUCAGUGAAUGUGGAAGGCAAGGGAGCCAAGUUGUUUCAGGAUUUCCAAGAACUUCGUCGUAUAUGGACGCAUCCCAUGAAUAUGCGCAUCAACAGCGACUCGGUUAUACGUAAAAAGGUUUUGGCAGAUGAAAACGACUCCAUCGAUGAUUUUAUAUGCGACGACGAUAAUGAUGAAGAAGAAGCCGGUUCGACGUCCGACAGUUCGGAUGAGGAUUCAACCAAAUCCUUUGGCAGUGGCGAAGCCAAAGGUGUAUCCAAGAAGGUGGUAAAAACCAGAAGUAAUCGUCGCAACAAUGGUGAAGAUGAUAGCGAUAUUGAAGAAGUGGAACCGCCUCCGCCCCAAGACGAUCCCUCGGAGUGGUGGAAGCGUUUUGUAGCCGACAAGGAGCUAAAUAAUAUUAAUCAUUCCCCUAAAUUGGUAAUACUAAUGCGUCUAUUGGAGCAAUGUGAAGCAAUUGGCGACAAGUUGUUAGUAUUUUCCCAAUCCCUGCAAAGUUUGGAUACCAUAGAACACUUUCUGUCACUGAUUGAUAGCAAAACAAGAAGCUAUGAAUAUGAAGGUGACGUUGGUGAGUUUCGCGGCUUUUGGAAACCUGGCACUGAUUAUUUCCGUUUAGAUGGAUCGUGUUCGGUGGACCACCGUGAAUCCAUGUGCAAGAAAUUCAAUGACACCACCAACUUGAGGGCGCGUCUUUUCCUAAUUUCUACACGUGCAGGUGGUCUGGGUAUCAAUUUGGUCUCCGCCAAUCGGGUGGUUAUAUUCGAUGUUUCUUGGAAUCCUUCCCACGACACACAAAGUAUUUUCCGUGUUUAUCGUUUUGGCCAAGAUAAACCAUGCUACAUAUAUCGAUUAAUAGCCAUGGGUACCAUGGAGCAAAAACUCUACGAACGUCAGGUGGCUAAACAGGCAACAGCUAAACGUGUUAUUGAUGAACAGCAAAUCUCACGGCAUUACAACCAAUCGGAUUUGCAAGAGCUCUAUACGUACGAGUUGGCACCCAGCACUGCGAGAGAGAUACCCAUAUUGCCUAAGGAUCGGCUAUUUGCCGAACUGUUGACAGAGCACGAAAGCCUACUGUUUAAAUAUCAUGAACACGACUCGUUGUUGGAAAAUGAGGAGAGCGAAAAUCUCAGUGCGGAAGAACGUAAAGCGGCAUGGUCCGAGUACGAAGCCGAAAAGACACGAACCAUACAGACGGCCCAAUACAUGUCAUAUGAUCGCACUGCCUAUGGACAAUUCGGAAACAGUUCGGGCAGUGUAACAUCGAAUAAGAUCUUUGGUUUCCGCUCUGAUGUUCUGCUGCAGCUGCUCAAUUUGAAGAUAGCCAAGGAUCAUCCCGAGAUGUCACAGAAUCAAGUGAUACAGGUGGUGCCGACAUAUUUGAAUCUGUUGUACAAUCAAAUGAACAGUGGGGAUCCCUCUAUGUAUAAGGAUCUGUUGUCGCUGCAUGCUACACUGGUGCAUCCCAGUGGCAUGUACAUGAAUCCUCUGCUGUAUGUCAAUCAAAAUCCUUCGGCGGCAGGCUAUUAUCAGGCGGGAGCGCCACAACAAGUAGCAGUGAAUGGUGGAAUCCCAGGGGGUGUUGUACCAAUGAUGGGAGCCCCUAUGGCGCCACCAGCUGCCAUGGCACCACCAGCUGCCAUGGCACCACCAGCUCCGCUGGCAGCACAGCCAGGCGCUACAGGUGGCGGUGGUGGAUUUGAUCCAAAUCAAGUCUAUGAAAUCGAUUAAUUUUAGUUUUCGUCCCCUCCCCCCCACGCCCCCACCCCUCACAACCAUUACUAUACAUUAACCAUGCAGAGAAGAUAGCGUAAGGAAUACACUGUGUAGACUAGGGUUAUUAUUUAAUGCGCUUUUCUUUUUGUUUAUUUUUAUUUUAGUUUUUUUUUUUAAUUAAUUAUUUUCUAAAAAGCACAAUUAAUUGCACUAGAUACCUAUAAGUUAAACGGAUGUUCCCCACAAUGUGUGAUUUCGUUCUUUUUUUUAAUGUUAUAUAUAUUAUGGAGACCACAACCUGUUUGAAAUUCAAUUCGAAUUAAAAAUAUUUCUA